CAGGAGGACACCUGGAGGAGUGUUAUGCCGGUGCUGUUGAUGUUCGUGUCCGUGCUUCUGCUGGGCUGCUCGUGCUGCGGGAUCGCUCUGCUCCUCCGCCGGAUCCCCCGGAGCGUCAUGGCCCGCACCGAGAGGCCGCUCUUCAAGAUCGCGUACGGUCUGUAUACCCGGACCCGACUCGGCUACUGGUUCUACAAGAGACAGCUGAAGAAAGCACGAGAGCGCUAUCCGCAUGGACACUCUUCCACGCAGGCCAUCGUCUUCAGCGGUGUGAAAGUGGUUCCCAUCCCCGUCCUGUCCGAUAACUACAGCUACCUUGUCAUUGACACUACGUCCAGCCAGGCAGUCGCAGUGGACCCCUCAGACCCCGUUGCUGUACAGGCAUACCUCGACCGAGAAGGUGUCACUCUGGAAGCAAUACUUUGUACCCAUAAACACUGGGAUCAUAGUGGAGGUAAUAAAGCUCUGAAGAAACAUUACAAGUCAUGCCGGGUGUACGGGAGCGCCUGCGACGAUAUCCCAGAACUGACACAUGCGCUAGCUGACCGAGAACUGCUUACCGUCGGGCGCCUGCAGUUUCAGGCCUACUUCACGCCAGGUCACACGGUCGGUCACAUGAUCUACGUGCUGGAUGGCAAGUCUGGUGACGGGCCGGACUGCCUGUUCUCAGGGGACCUCCUCUUCCUCGCCGGCUGCGGGAGAAUGUUCGAAGGUUCGGCAGAGACGAUGCUGAAGUCGCUGGACACCGUGACCUCUCUCAAUGAAAGCACGCUACUCUGGCCCGGACAUGAGUAUGCCGCAGACAAUCUGAAAUUUGCCGAAGUGGUGGAACCUGACAACACUGUUCGUGACCGGAAGACCCAGUGGGUCAAUCAGCAAAGGCUGGAGAAGAAGUGUUCGUGCCCAUCCACAAUAGGUGAAGAGAAGGAGUACAAUCCAUUCCUGCGGACGCAUUGUAGAGACUUGCACAUGGCGCUGGACCUCCAGCGAGGGGCAGAUGAGGAAUGGAGUCAUUUUCGUGCUCGAGUGUUGGAGGAGGUCCGACGGAGGAAAGAUCUUUUCAAGGAAAGAUAGUUUCCCCAUCUACAGGAUAGCAGACGGCUGUGCAGAACGACUCUGACCCCCCCACCCACCGCCAGGCACCUGAUCCCGAAUGUGUGAUGUGUGACCUCCAUCCAAUGACGUGCUGUGAAAUCCUCCCCGUGUGUUCUGCUACAGAAAUAUAAUCUGAGUACACUGGAACCCCCCCGGAAGAACACUAUAAUCACCUGUACAGAAUGACACCCCAAUUAUUUCCCCAAUCAAUGAAACUUGCACUAAUGUCUUGGAAACACACUGGAGCACUAUAUAGAGAAGGGGGGGGUCACUGCACAUCUACCAUUGUAUAACACUGGGGACUGAUUCACUGGUGUGAACACUAAUCGGAGGAUUCUGGGAAAUAUCAAGUUCAUCCUUUUUAUGUUCCUCCCUUCCUAAUUUCACUACUGGAUAUAUUUUGGUAAUUUUUAAACCUGUGACGCCUUCAACUGCCCUCUCAUGUUCUCUUACCACAAUCAGUCUGUCUGAUUUUCUUUUUUUCCUCCCUUUUUCUUUUUACCCCCUUACCCUUCUUUCUCUGUAUAUUCAUAUUCUCCCUCCCUGCCAUUCCCACUUCUAUUUCUAUACCAUUUACAGUGGAACCUCGGUUUAGGAGUAACUUGGUUUGAGAGUGUUUAUGAUUUGCGAGCAACACUU